UCCCAUCUUGUCUUCUCUCCUCUGGUCCAGAAGAGCCAUGAAGGCAGAGGGCCCCUGACGCGGUGCCGGGUGGCCUGAGUGAGUCCCUGGCCACUGCCACCUAGAGGCAGAUGGAGCGGUGUGCUGGAGCCAGCUCCGAUGGGCCUGAGGGGGAGGACUGGGGGCAUCUCUCAACUCCACAGCCGGUGACUUCAUGUUGGUGACCUCUGAAGCCAGCAGCAGAGGCCUGCAAACUGGGGUUUCUUUUUUUCCAGACAGCCUGUCGUUAACUCUUUGCCAGCACACCACUGGGUGAAUCCAUUUCUAGGAGUCCCAGCUCAUUCUAGGAGGGGAGAUGCACUCAAUGGCGCAUCCUUUUGGAGCAUAAGAGUUUGGGGCUGGGAUGGGAUGGAGGGACAGGAUUCUGGAGAUCCAGACAUGCAUCAGGGCACUAGCCAGGCCUCCCUGGAUGCCAUUCUCUGAAAAGAAGAUGGUGAGUAGGGAAGAAGGAUGUGAGCCCCCCUAGAGGUCCCUCACAGUAGAGAGUCCAGGAUUUUCUGUUUGUUGUUGGUAGGCGCACUCUCUCUCUCUCUCUCUCAAAAGUCAGAGGCUUUCCUCAAGUGCCUGGCAAUCCUUGGCGGGAAGCCGGCCACUUGGCUUCUGUACCAGGUCUCUCCUGCCCAGUUAUCGGUAUUUGCGGAGCAGCAGGGGAAGGAGCCUGGGGUCUCUUUGUAUGCAGACUUGCCCUUAACUCCCAGCUUCUAGAGCGACCCUUCUCUCUUCUCCAGCCUCUCCAGUCCAAAGCUCCAGAAUGAUCUCCAGCCAGGGGCGAGAGAUGGAUGCCCAGAGAUGUCCAUCCUGCUGCCUUGCAGAAGGCAUCUGGGGAACCCUUUGCUCCUUCCACAGGCUUUCCGCUUGUCCUCCUAUUUCUGCUCCAUACCGUCCUGCACCCCAGCUUCCAGGGCACCUCUGCACCCACUCUGAGCCUGCAGAGCUCUGUGCCAGGUGUAGGUGCUGUGUCCCUACCAACCUCCACAUCCUCCUGUUCUCUGAAAGUGUUUGGGUUUGGACUUCCUGAGCGCUGAGAUCCAUCUGCCUUCUGUUGUCCAACAUUUUAUUAGAACCUCUCACCUGCUGUCUUCUCUCCCUUCGUCUCCGUGGGUUGGUAGGUUUAAACAUUUUAUUGCCAUUUUAGUUGAUUUUGAAAAGCAGAGAAAAAUUCAAGUUUUUGGUCUCGGUGUAACUAAAAGUUAUAUAUCCACCCAACCACCCAGGAGACCCUUGCUGAGUCUCCGAAGGUGGAGUCUUUAGGUUGCAAAGAUGAACUGGAGCCAUCUCUGCCCUCCCCACUGGAGAACCUGCUGGGGUGUGAUGGGGGCCCAGCAUUUUCACUCCAGCUGGGAUGCCUCCUCCUCUCCACUGGGAGUGGUCUCCCCCUUGAGGUUCACCUUGGUAGUGCAGCCUUGAUGGACGCUUCCAGGGACCUUUCAAAGAAGCUGGCCCAGGUCCCUAUUGGUGUGGGUGGGAUAGUUUUAGAAGGCAAAGACCGGGUGCUUAGAGCUCUGCUCUGUUUCUGUGGAGGUGGAGAGUGGGGGACAGGAUCAGUCAGGCCCUCCCAUCUCUUCUCAGCCCGGCUUCCACCUCCGCACACCUGCCCCCCACACUCCCUCUCCUUGGCACCAUUCGGCCAGGUGUAUCCUCUCACCUGCUAUGGCACCUGUCCCAGGAGGGAUUCCUGUAGACAAAGCAGCCUGGGGAAGCCACCAGGCCUCUCUACUGUGUCCACCGCAUAAGCUGUCCACCCUGCCCCUCUGUACCUCUCUUGUGUGUCCACCUCUUCUUGCAGGCCUCGGUAUGGAUCCCAACCCUCCUGACUUGGUAACCAUGUCUGGGAGAAUGGAGAGUGGGAUAGAGAGAGUCCACAGGAGAGGGAAAAGCUGGGCUCUGGGAUUGGGAAGCUGGCGGACUUCUUUCCCAUCUUGGGGCAGAGAAAAGGGAUGAGGAGCUCCCAUCCAAAGGUUUUGAGACCCCUGUCACUGGAAUUGUUUCUGCAGAAGGGCCACAGGGAAGACGUUGGAGUAGGAGCCCUAGGGCUUUUCCCCCACCCCCACCUGGGCCUUCCUCAGAGAUUUAAGGGUUUAGGUUAAAAGUAUGGUGGUGAGAUGGAAAACUUUGGUACCACCACUUCGAAUUUCUGUGAACCUCAAUGAUCUUUCUUUCUUUCUUUCUUUCUUUCUUUCUUUCUUUCUUUCUAUUUAUUUAUUCAUGAGAGACACACAGAGAGAGGCAGAGACACAGGCAGAGGGAGAAGCCGGCUCCCUGCAAGGAGCCUGAUGCAGGACUCGACCCCAGGACCCUGGGAUCACGCCCUGAGCUGAAGGCAGAUGCACAACCUCUGAGCCACCCAGACAUCACUCAGGAUGAUUUUUCUGUCCCCUGUUCCUCUUGUGUCACGUGGAAAUAAUCCCACCUCACAGGGCCAUUGUAAGCCUAUUCCGAAAGCUUAGCUCGGCACCCUGGACACAGGGGCCGUUGGUUGGUAGCUCCAUCCUACUUCAGCCUUUAAUUCUUCCUUCCAUCGUGAGUGCACGCAUUCACUCACUCAAUGUUUUCCUGCGCUCGAGCCCCUGUCAGGUGUUACCCUCCAAAGGUAACUGAGGAGUGUUGCCUGAGGGGAGUGUUUGCAGAGAAGUGAGCAUAGCUCAGGGACUGGUGACCUGCUCGGGGAGUGGCCACAGGUGGAAGCCCUUCUGACUCCCGAGCCUGAGCGGUAGAGGGAGGCAGCUCUGUCCCAGAGAGGGAGCUUUCGUAGGAGCUGUGGUUGAAGGUAGAAGAAAACAACCAGGGCCCAAACUGGGACCCAGCAGGGAGGGCGGGGAACAAAUACCCAGCCUUUUCUCUCCUACUGGUCUCCUUCCACGGCUUCCCAGUGGAUGAAUUCCCAGAGGGCAGAGGAGCCCCAGUGAUCCCCAUCCACAGGGGUCAGCCCCCUGGGGCUCAGGGCACACAGCCUCUACCCGGAGUUCCUGAAGACAGGCUGACAAUAUUUUUUUGUAUUUUAUUUUUUAAAAGAUUUUAUAUCUUUAUUCAUGAGAGACACAGAAAAAGAGGCAGAGACAGGCAGAGGGAGAAGCAGGCUCCCUGCAGGGAGCCUGAUGCGGGACUCAAUCCCAGGACCCCAGGAUCUGAAGGCAGAUGCUCAACCGCUGAGCCCCCCAGGCAUCCCGACAGGCUGACAAUGAACAGCUGCUUAUAAUUCGAGAAAUAAAUGAGCACCAUGCAUGUUAUUGUAGAAGUAUGAAUGUUGUCACAGAUGUGAAGGUGACUUCUGUGACUUCCACCUCCUGCUGUUCCUGCCUUUGCACAGUCCUCCUCCUCUGAGUGUGGGGGACACCCGUGACUCGCUGCUAACCCACAGAACAUGGCAAAGGUAAUGGGUUGGCGUUGCCUUGCUUAGUUAUGUUAUAUAAGCUUCCGUUGUAGCAGACUGGAGAGAGAUUCUUCCUGCUGGCUCAAUGAAAUAAGUGGCCACAUUGAGGAGUCCAUGUAGCAAGGAACUUUGGACUGCUUCUAGAAACUGCAGGCAGCCUCUAGGACCUGAGAGCGGCCUCUAGACUGUAUCCAGCCAGAAGCCAGGGUCCUCUGUCCUAUAGCCAGGAAAUGAAUUCAGCCAACAACCAGAAUGAUGUGGAAUUGGAUUCUUCCCCAGUCAAGCCUCCGGAUGCCAACACGGUCCAAAUGACAUCACAGCCCCUUGAGACCUGGGGCAGAGGAACCAGUGAAGCUAUGCUCAGACUCCUGGCCCCCAGUGACACGGAAUAAUAAAUGUGUAGAGUUGGAAGCUACUGCCCUUGUGGUAAUGUUCAAGCAGCAUAGAAAGCUCAUAUAACACAUAAGCAAACUGUCAGUGCACUGAGGUCAGAAAACUGAAUUCUGUUGGGGAAGAAGGCCUCACAGAGGGGGGCAUGUUUGUGCUCUGGAGGGAGGGUAGGGAGGACGUAAAUAGGGAGUGAUGGAAAGAUGAGCUGUUCCCUCAUCCUUGAGGCCUUCAGUCCAAACCCCGAACCUGAGAGGACUCCAUGGACAAAGACGCCAGCCUGGGCCCCAGGUCCACUGCCUCCAGCCCCAUAUCCAAGACACACCCCAGACAGCUUGAUGGAAGCGGGCAGGCCCAAGGGGCGCCUCUGCCCAGUGCACCCUGCAUUCAUCACUUUAGGCAGAGGAGAGGCAAAGCAGUCCUGUUUGGUUUCUUUUUCAAAAAUAGCUAUCCUCUGUUUUUGUGAGCAACAUGUGUUUACUAGAAACCAUUUAAAAAAUACAGAUAAUUCUUAAAAAGCAAAGAUUAAAAUUUCACUGGUGAUGUCAUGACCCAGAGAUGAGCCCUGUUAACAUUUUGACUGCUUCCUUCUAGUUACAGGUAUCAUGAACACAACAGUGCUGUGUGAUAGGGACAACCCUCAUCACAGAUGGGCCCCUAAGACUGGCCUGGGAACUUUCUGGGAGAGGCAGUAGCAGCUUACCAUGCACCUGCAUGCUGUUGCCCUCACACACACACACACACACGCACACACACACACACACACACACGUCCCCCUAGGCCACUAGGCACGCAUUCAUUGUCCCCUAUCCCCAUGCCCCUGGGAGGCGGUGGUAUCAAGUGUGGAAUCAAAUGGAAGGUUGAAUUCAGGCCUUUCAGGAUGAGAAAGAUUCAGUCCCUAGGAAUGUAAGAAGAGGACCAGUGAGUGUGUGUACAUGGCCAUGUGUACUUGUACAGUGUUAGGUAGGAGGACUUUCCCCCUGGCUGCUCAGGACUCUGUCUCGGAACCCCACAAACUCUGCAUCACUCAGGUGCUCUCAUAUAUUAACUAUCCAUGGUGUGACUGGAACCCCUUAGUUGUGAUGGCCAAGUGCAGUGCACAGCCUCGACAACUGUGCACAGCAGCCCUGUCAGGAGCCCACAGUAGGGCCAGCUGUUGAAGAGGAACCAGCUCUAUCUCCUAUGUACCUCAAUUCCACAUCGGAGGACAGGGACCAAAAACACUGAGAACGCACUCAAAAACAGGAGAAGGGAAUGGAGGUAACAGGAUCAGAACAACUGCUGCCUGGUAAGAAGGGAUAAGGAGAUUGCAAAAUGGGUAAGAAAAUCCUCUCACCUAUCAGCUCAAGGCUGUAAUCCUGGGCCUCUGCUUCCCUAAGCUUUGUUCUAUUUUCACUCCUCUUUCCUAGGAGCGGUUCCCAUUGGCUGCAAGGGUUUAGUGGGGACUUAACACUGGUUCUCUGGCAUCUCCUGGUUUGCACGUCCCCCCAUCACCUUUGUCCCUCUGCUCACCUCCUCCCGGCAUUGGCAUUUCCUUGCGCUGCUUGAUCCCUCAGACCUUCUUUGCUCAGCUCUGGAGGACUCUGGCCCGUGAGUGAGGAGGACCCAGCGCUAGAAGGCCCAGCGCCCCGUGUGCAGCGGCGGCGAGCACAGGACCCGUCCGCCUCGGGCCCCAGCCACCCACAGGCCGGGAGAUGGGCAAUGUAAUGGACGGCAAGUCGGUGGAGGAGCUGAGCAGCACCGAGUGCCACCAGUGGUACAAGAAGUUCAUGACCGAGUGCCCCUCCGGCCAGCUCACCCUCUACGAGUUCCGCCAGUUUUUCGGCCUCAAGAACCUGAGCCCGUCUGCCAGCCAGUAUGUGGAGCAGAUGUUCGAGACCUUUGACUUCAACAAAGACGGCUACAUCGACUUCAUGGAGUACGUGGCGGCGCUCAGCCUGGUCCUCAAGGGGAAGGUGGAACAGAAGCUGCGCUGGUACUUCAAGCUCUACGACGUCGAUGGCAACGGAUGCAUCGACCGCGAUGAGCUGCUCACCAUCAUCCGGGCCAUCCGAGCCAUUAACCCCUGCAGCGACUCAACCAUGAGUGCUGAAGAGUUCACCAAUACGGUGUUCUCCAAGAUCGAUGUCAACGGGGAUGGGGAACUCUCCCUGGAGGAGUUCAUUGAGGGCGUCCAGAAGGACCAGAUGCUCCUGGACACGCUGACACGGAGCCUGGACCUCACCCGCAUCGUGAGAAGGCUCCAGAAUGGGGAGCAAGAGGAGGAGGGGGCGGAGAGGGCAGGCGGUGGGGGCACUGAGGCAGCUGGCUGAGCUCACUGCCAGUGUCCUUCUGUACUGGGGGGGGGAUGUGUGUUGGUGCCUGGGGUCGUCAUUGUAAUACUAGAUCCAGUCUACUGAACUGAAAGGCACAGUCGCCUCUUUGGGGUGCACGGCCGGGGCAGAAGGGCAGGGGUGGGAGUCCAGAAGGAUGGUUCCUGAACCCUGUGCUUGACUCAGCUGGUGGUGACUGCUCCCUGCUGGGGACCCCCAGAGCCCUUCCCCGGCUUCUCCCAGCUUUCCGUACUGAGCUUCUCCAGUCCCACUCUUUCUUAGGCCAGGGGGCUCUGUCCCAGAACUGGGCUUUCAUGGACUCUGACGGAAUCCUAUAGAUCGGGGGCCUGCAGCUUCCAUCUGGGCGUUUUGAUCACACACUCAAUCUGCACCCAGCACCCUGGAGCCUACUUCUGUGGUGCGUUGAUUUGUUCCUCCCUUCCACAAAGCAUUUAUCGAACACCUCCUUUGUAUUAAUGCUAGAUACUGGACAUGCCAAAAAGAGGAUAGUUUUUAUCCGUAAGGAACUAACAGGCUAAGCAUCAUUAUAAUAAAAUAUGCUAAGAGAAGCUAUGGUACUGGACAAAGUCCUCAUUUAUCCAGAGGAAAUCGGUUUUUAUGCAGAAGUGACUGCACAGCACCUAUACUUCCGCUGCUGGCCCUGCAGUGGCCUGUG